CCGCCCCUCCGGGCUUGAGAGCGCGAGCCGCCAGGCCGGGCCGGAACGCCGGCCCGGGACCGCCGGGGGCGCGGCGCCGACGCCAAGGCGCGGCCAUGGAGGGGAAGCCCCGCGCCGGGGUCGCGCCGGUCCUGGGGCCGAGCGGCCGCGGGCCUUCCGCUCGCCGCGCCUUCCGCCGCCGCCCCGGGCCGCUGCUUCCCGGGCUCUGGCUGCUGCUGCUGGCCCGGCCGGCCUCGUGCGCCCCAGAUCAGCUCUCUCCGGAACAGCACAAUCUUUCUCUCUCCUCCGAGGAGCUCAUGCUGAAGAGAAGCCCCAUGCACAGUGCUGCACAAGUGGCCUUAACAGAAACUGCCCCAGGGUCCCAGCAGAGCAGCUCUCUCCAUGUCACACCCUCUCCAUCUGCCACUACGUUUUUUAACCAAGGAAAACGGACCCAAAGUACAGCGGAUCACAGCAUCUUUGUGGCUAGUUACAUGUCAAUGACAAGUAAUGAGGUGGCCCUGGAUGAAGAUGAAAUGGAUAACUUCCUGCCAGAGGCUCACUGGGCCACCCUCCGGGUAGCUUCUGCAGUGCAGUAUACCAGAGUCAGCUCGCCACGGCUGCCUGAGGGACCCUCACAACCCGUGCUCACUCUGGCAUCACCCGUGACCUCUUCACAAGAUAAAGAAGUGACAUCAGCCUGGCAGACCCCAGUGCAACAACCAGCAGCACACGCUGAGCCCCGCACUCAUUUCAGCGCCUUUCAAUCAGCUUUUCCCACCUCUGAGGGCAUAAUUCCAACUCCUACCAGGAAUUUGGUGCUUUAUCAUCCUGAUAUUUACAGUCAGUUAUCAAGAAGGACUUUGCCAGAGAUUGUGGCUUCUGUAACAAAGGAAGCGGAAACCCCCGUCCUUUCUAGUUCUGGGUCUUCAGUGCCUCGACAAGUAGGCGACAGCUUUACCCACCACCUGUUCCCCUCCUGGGGGGAGGUCUCACAACCUCCAGAGGAGGUCUCAGCCACAAGUACAGUUAGAUACCCUCCUGUGAGCGCUGUGUUGAGUCAAAGCCUGGAAGAAGCCAUCUCUCCAAGAGCGUCCCCUGCCGGGGCGGCGUCACACACUGCCCUUGCAUUCAGCAGUCCACGUUCUGCCUGGUUUUCAGCUCCCCUUGCAUUUGUACCCUUUUUGACCCAACCCGCUGAUGUUUCAUACAACCCCUUUCUUCCCAGUGACUCCAGUGAAAUGUCAGAGUUGCUUGGCAGUUCAGCGGUCCUUAGUCACGUGGACGACCCUCAUGUGCUGAGCCCAGUGUCUCCAUUCCGGCCCUACACUUGGUGCGUGUCCUGCAGCGUGUUGUCACCUCGGCAAGUUCCGGCCACCAGUCUUGUGGAGAAAGACGUGGGAUCAGGGGAUGGUGCGGAACCCCUGUCCCUGACCAUGUUGGAGCAAAGAAGCGUGACUCCACCGAGCAGUGUCGUAGAGGACUUCACCGAAUUUGAGGAAGACCCUCAAGAAUUCAAUACGCUUUUCCCCUCGAGACCCAUCGUCUCACUUUCCUCUAGAACUGUGGAAAUCUCAGACGUUGGCGCUUCAGGUGAGGUGGAGAUGAACAGGGUUGUGACCAUGCCCGUGUACCCUUCCCACAGCCACCUCUCUGCUCCAGCACCGCCUGGUCCUACUGCUGCCCCGUCCUCUGUUGCUGAAGCCUACGCCGUGCCACCCAGCGUGAGCCCUGCGUUUUUCUCGGUCAUCACCAGCGUUCUCCUGGACUCAUCUCUCUCUGUCACAGCAAACAAAAACACACCCUUGGCUGCCAUCAGAGACCCGAGUCUUCUUCCUUCUUAUAGUUUGGUUCCUUCAGUGGAGCCUUCAUUUUUCUCUGACCAAGAAGCUACCACUAUUUUAGAACACAGACCCGGAAGCAUUUUGGAUUUUGCGUCUAGCUUUUCCUCAACUCCCCCUCUGGGGUUCAGCAGCUCCGUCCCUUCCCUGUUGGAAGCACUUGCUUCUCCGUCUCUGAUGUCAGGUGACUCGUCACCCUCCCUGUCUCAGUCUUUUUCUCCCUUGGUGGAGGCAUUCCCGUUGUCCAGCUCUAUGGAUUUGUGGUCACCUCAGCCUUCUCUUCUUAAUUCCACAAGUCUCGAGUUUCCUCAGCUCUGGCCGAGUUCAGACCUGCCUUUAUACCCUGCCACUUUCCUGUCGAGUCCUUCUGACACGUCACCACCAUCAGGCUUUCCCUCUGGUUCUCCCAAGUUCCCUGAAGCAUCAAAGGUCUCCCUGACAAAUUCUGAAGCUCAUUUUACCUCAGCUGUCACUGAAACUACCUCCUGUUUUGAGUUUUCACUCAUUUCUUGUGAAUCUGUAGUCACCACACUGGUGCCCUCCAGCUCUGAGCCUGUCCUCGGCAUCCUGACUGCUGGGACUCAUGUCACGUCGACGGCUUUCCCUGUGACACCUGUUUUAACUGAGUCUUCCUUGUUCUCAACUCUGAUGCCUUCUGAUGACAGAGUCCGUGCCACAGAUGGCCACUCGUCUGUCUCAGCCUCUUUCUCCAGAGCCAUUCCCACCAGUACAGCGUUAUUCACCGAUGUGUACCUGUCAUCUGCAUCCUCGUCUGUCUCUGAGGGGACCCCCUCACCUCUGCCGACAGAGCUGAUUGUCAUGGACCCGAACACCUCUGCUGAGCCGGGCUCCUCUGACACCAGUGCUGCCACUGCUCUGCCCACUGACACCACCCUGAAUAGCAACACCACGGGUCAGAGCUCCCGGGAGAGCCCUGCUGCACCCCCCCUUCCCUCCCUGCGUCCUGUGACCACCUUCACUUUUGAAGCAACGGUGGACACUCCAGCGCUGGCUACUGCCAAGCCCCCGUAUGUGUGUGAUAUCACCAUUCCUGAUGCCUAUUUGAUCACAACUGUGCUGGCCAAAAGAGCCGUGCAGGAGUACAUCAUCACAUCCAUCAAAGAAGUGCUGAGGAUUCACUUCAACCGUGCAGUGGAGCUGAAGGUUUAUGAACUAUUCACUGACUUCACUUUUCUGGUAACAUCUGGGCCUUUCGUUUACACAGCCAUCUCAGUCAUAAAUGUACUCAUCAACAGUAAACUGAUGCGUGAUCAGUCUCCUUUAAUCCUGUCUGUGAAACCUUCUUUCCUGGUGCCGGAGUCCAGGUUCCACGUUCAAACAGUACUUCAGUUUGUGCCUCCCAGUGUGGACACUGGCUUCUGCAACUUCACCCAGCGCAUCGAGAAGGGCCUGAUGACAGCUCUCUCUGAAGUGAGAAAGCACCACCAGGGGACGUACAACCUCACAGCGCAGAUCUUGAAUAUCACCAUCAGUUCCUCGAGGGUGGCUCCUCGGCGGGGCCCAGUGAAUAUUAUUUUUGCUGUUAAGAGCGCGCAGGGAUUUUUGAAUGGGUCAGAGGUGAGCGAACUGCUCAGGAACUUGAGCGUGGUGGAGUUCAGUUUCUACCUGGGAUACCCAGUGCUGCAGAUUGCCGAGCCCUUCCAGUACCCACAGCUCAACUUAUCUCAGCUGUUGAAGUCCUCUUGGGUCAGAACAGUUCUCCUGGGUGUUGUGGAGAAGCAGCUCCAGAAUGAAGUGUUUCAAGCCGAGAUGGAGCGCAAACUGGCUCAGCUGCUCAGUGAGGUUCCCACCAGAAGGCGGAUGUGGAGAAGGGCCACCAUCACAGCAGGCAACAGCGUGGUGCAGGUGGUGAACGUGUCCAGGCUGGAGGGAGACGACAACCCUGUACAGCUCAUCUACUUUGUGGAGGAUCAGGACGGAGAGAGACUCAGUGCAGUCAAGUCUUCAGACCUGAUUAACAGGGUCGAUCUCCAGAGAGCAGCCAUUAUCCUGGGGUACCGGAUUCAAGGCGUGAUUGCCCAGCCUGUGGACAGAGUGAGGAGGGCGUCUCCGGAGUCCCAGAGCAACAACUUGUGGGUCAUCGUUGGUGUGGUCAUCCCGGUGCUGGUGGUGACGGUGAUCGUCAUCAUCCUCUACUGGAAACUGUGCCGCACGGACAAGCUGGACUUUCAGCCUGACACCGUGGCCAGCAUUCAGCAGCGUCAGAAGCUGCAGAUCCCUAGUGUGAAGGGCUUCGAUUUUGCCAAGCAGCAUCUGGGUCAGCACAAUAAAGAUGACAUACUGAUUAUUCAUGAGCCAGCACCACUGCCGGGACCUGUGAAGGACCACACCACGCCCUCUGAAAACGGAGAUGUGCCAAGCCCGAAGGCGAAGGUCCCCUCCAAGAAUGUCCGUCACAGAGGAAGAGUUUCUCCCUCAGAUGUGGACUCAACGGUCAGUGAGGAGUCCAGUGAGAGAGAUGCAGGCGAUAAGACUCCAGGAGCGGUCAGCGAUGGCAAGUCCCACAGAGCCCCGCCGAGCGGGCCACCACUACCUAGCUCAGGGAAUGAGCAGCAUUCCUCAGCCUCCAUCUUUGAGCAUGUGGAUAGGAUUUCCCGCCCCUCAGAGGCCAGUCGAAGGGUCCCCAGUAAGAUCCAGCUGAUUGCCCUGCAGCCCAUCCCAGCACCUCCAGUUCAGCGCCCCCUCCCAGCCGACAGGGUGGCAGAAACCAACAAAAUCAACAAAGAGAUCCAGACCGCGCUGCGGCACAAGUCGGAGAUUGAACAUCACCGCAACAAGAUCCGACUGCGGGCCAAGCGGCGUGGACACUACGAGUUUCCGGUGGUGGAUGACCUGUCCUCCGGUGACACCAAGGAGCGACACCGGGUGUACCGCAGGGCGCAGAUGCAGAUCGACAAGAUCCUGGACCCCACGGCCAGCGUGCCCUCGGUGUUUAUAGAGCCCAGGAAGAGUUCACGGAUAAAACGGUCUCCUAAGCCACGCCGGAAACACCAGGUCAAUGGCUGUCCUGCCGAUGCUGAGAAGGACAGACUCAUCACCACCGACAGUGACGGCACUUACAAAAGGCCUCCUGGGGUCCACAACUCUGCCUACAUUGGAUGCCCAUCAGAUCCUGACCUCCCUGCGGCUGUGCAGACACCGUCCUCCGUGGAGCUUGGGAGGUACCCAGGCCUGCCCUUCCCCACCUCCCAGUACAUCCCACCCCAGCCGUCUAUCGAGGAGGCACGCCAGACCAUGCACUCCCUCCUGGACGACGCCUUUGCCCUUGUGGCCCCUAGCAGCCAGCCCGCUGCCAGUGCUGCAGGGGGAGGCUCCGGGGUCCCACCUGGCCUGCCCAUGAACAGCACCCCUUCCCGGGAAGAGAGGAGAGCCACCCAGUGGGGCUCCUUCUACAGCCCAGCCCAGACGGCCAACAACCCAUGCAGUAGAUAUGAAGACUAUGGGAUGACUCCCCCAUCAGGCCCAUUGCCAAGGCCAAGUCUUGGCUCCGGUUUGCUGCAGUCUUCAGAGUUGGCACCUCCUGAGUCCCAGCAGCCGCAAGCAGUGGCCGAAGCCCCUUUUGCUGCCCGUGGGAUCUAUACUGAGGAGAUGCCAUCAGUAGCCCGGCCUCGGCCUGUUGGGGGCACCACAGGCUCCCAGAUCCAGCACCUGACCCAGGUGGGAAUAGCGAGCAGAAUCGGGGCUCAGCCGGUGGAAAUCCCACCAAGCAGAGGUGGCCAGUACGGAGGGCCAGGCUGGCCUUCAUAUGGGGAAGAUGAAGGGGGCCGGAGAGAGGCCACACACAUGCUUGGACAUCAAGAGUAUUCUUCUUCACCGCUAUUUCAGGUGCCAAGGACUUCAGGCAGGGAGCCCUCAGCUCCUCCUGGGAACCUCCCCCACCGGGGGCUGCAGGGCCCCAGCCUGGGUUACCCCACCAGCUCCACAGAAGACCUCCAGGCUGGCCACUCCUCGGCCUCUCUCAUCAAAGCGAUCCGCGAGGAGCUCCUCCGGCUCUCCCAGAAACAGAGCACCGUCCAGAACUUCCACAGCUGAUCGGGGGCACCUGCAGAUUUGCCAAGUAUCCGCUUCCCGUGGAAGCAAGACCCAAAGGAAAUCAACUGAGAGGGUGUUUGUAAGAGGAACGAGCAUCUCCCAAGAGAGCUGCCCAAGUAAGGGAGCAAGUUGCAAUUUCAGAAGAUGCCAUAAGUCAUGUGACAGCUCAUGAUACUUUUACUGUGUUGGCAAUUUUGUGAACACUUGGGUUCAGGCAUUCAAAGUUACGUACUUUGGCCAACAGCCAACAGCACUUCACAAAAACAAAACACAAACCCAAGCUAACAAAAUUACUAAAUUAGUCUCCUUUAUUAAAGGCAAAAGAUUAAAAUGUGUAGAUGGUACGAGGAUUACAGGAAUCAAGUGUUCCCGUGGGAUUUGGUCUGAUGUGUACUAUGAACCUGCUGCUUUGUUUUCUGAGAAAAGAGAUUUGAAGACAUUUUAUUAACAGCUUGAUUUCCCUCUUUUACUCCAUAGGAACUUAUUUUAAUAGUAAUAUUAACGGCAAGAAUACUGUUUGGGAAUUUUACAGAGCUACCAGUGAGAAACCAAAUGAUAGGUUGUAAAGCCUGAUGACUCCAAACGAAGCCAUCACUACAUUCUUCCUCCUUCUGGUGCUACCGCUCCAAGGGCCCCAUCACCUUCAUGUCUGAAAUGGAGAUUUGGCUUUUCCAGUGGAAGGAUAUGUUGAAGGUUCCAUUUUGUUUGAGGUGGGGGAAAAGGUUAACAUUUAUUUGGUUAUUCAAAUUACAUAUCAUAGUUCAGAU